GUUGUCAUUUGAUCAUGAGGGUCACGAAAUCUACACCAGACCUUCAAAAUGGCUGCGGUCGAUAGGCUUGUGUUGAUAUUUCUCGUUGUCAUUGGAAUAACAUCAGCAACAGAAUGGCCAGUCCCAUAUCGGCGGUUUACGUCCCGACCCCCAACAAACCCUUACUGCCAGGCUGGGGUGAUCCCAUUCUGUCCCACAGGGCGAGAAGCCAACACCAUGCCGACCUUUCAGGCCACUGACGUGAUAGAGGUGUAUGCUCUGAAGGCCCCAGUCUGGGAGUUCAAGUUUGGUGACCUGCUUGCCAAGUUUCAUAUCAUGCACGACGCCCUUGGGUUCAAGAACCUCAACACCGGCCUCAACUACACCAUGGAGUGGUACGAGCUGUUCCAGCUGUUCAACUGCACCUUCGCCCACGUUCUGCCCAACAACACCUUGGAAUGGUGCAACCAGGGCGCCACCUGCAUAUACGACGGCAUUGACGACAUCCACUGGUCGCAAAACGGCACCUUGGUCAAGGUGGCCGACAUAACCGGUCAAAUGUUCAACGAAUUUGCACAGUGGACACUGUGGGACAACAAGACUGGGAUUUUCUAUGAAACGUGGACUGCUGAAAGUGAACCAGGUGGGAAAAUGUGGUUCGAUUCCUUCGACUGUGCGAGUUUCGUUUUGAGGGCAUUCCAGAAAAUUGGUGACCUUGGAGGAAAAUUCAACAACAGCGUUCACCUAAAUUACACCCGUAUACAUCUCUAUAGCAACGAGCCUCAGCAUCUAGGCAACGCCAGUACCUUAUUUGGACCGGGUCAGAACGAGACCCUUGUGAAGGACAUGCUGGCUUUUUAUGGGCAUUUCCAAUCCCACCAAUCUAUUGGCCACUUGCUGGAGAGCCUUGCAGAGGCUUACGAGGAGGUGUAUACAAGCCAUCGCUUCUACUUCUUCUAUAACUUCGAGUACUGGUUCCUGCCGAUGGUAGAGCCUUACAUAAAGCUUACCUACUAUGAAGUGCCUUUGCCUGGUACACCUGGAUAUAAAAGACUCCCUGAUUACUGAUGAUGAUCCAGUGCUUAUCACACACCACAUAUGUAUCUAUUAAAAAACAUAUAAAAACUUGAUGCUUAGAAGCUUAAAACAUACAAGUCUGGGUGUGAUUGUGGAAGGCCGCCUCAUGACAGGGUAAGACUGCUUGAGUAAUCAAUACACCCUUUUCAAUGAUUGAGUGACUGUUAUUUUUAUGCAAAAGUUCAAUGGUUGAGUGACUGUUUAUAUUUAUGCCGCUUUUAGCAAUACUCCAGCAAUAUAACGAUGGGCUGACACCAGAAACACAUUGUACCCAUGUGGGGAAUCGAAACCGGUCUUAGGCAUGAGGAGCGAAUGCUUCAACCACUAGGCUACCCCUACGCACACAUACACUCGCCCUUUCAAUGAUAAGAAAACAUUCAAACUGAACACAAAAUAUUAUUUAUUAUGACAGGCAACAUGAACACUUUGUACAACAUGUCUACAUUCAGUCUGAGACAAGAAUAUGUGACCCAAUAAAUAUAUGACCUCUUGAAGGCAGAUGGACUAUAGUCAUGGGGUAAUAAAAGAAAUAAUGCACACAGUGGUUAUCGAAAACAGGGGCCCUGCUGUUUCCUAACUGUUCACUCUUCAUUAAGCAACAGUUGGGCUUUCAAAAGUAAUUACAUUAAUCAUAAAUGUCAGAGUGUAAUAAAGGAUUUCUGUCUCCUA